GAAUUGAAUUUGGGUUUUGCGCGAGAAAUGCAUUACAAGUAUUGAAUGAUUGCCUAAUGUUUUGAAUGAAUAAAACGUUAGGAAAAGUGUUGACAAAAAUAGCACUCAAUUUGACAUUCGAUGCGAUAAUUGUGUGAAAAGACAGAAACCAUUCAAACCAUUCAUUUCCACACCAUUUGUGUCGCAAACGAGAUGUCGAUUAUCCGUCGAUUUGCUACACAUUUGAUCCAAAGCCACGAGAAGGCGACACAAUGUCAUCGCAGGACACUAUUGGCUGACAAACGAGUGACCAGUUUAUGGACAAUGAGUUCGUUUCAAUUCAGUUCAGUCACUGAUCUUCAGGUCAAACACAACGUCCAGAAGAAGCAGUUCUACAUCGAGUUGGGGAAAGCGAAGGCAGUGCUCGACUACAAGCAGACCAGCGCUGGAGUACUGGAUCUCUACCACACGGAAGUGCCCAAAGAGUUAAGAGGCAAAGGAAUCGCUGGAUUGUUGGCUGAGGAGGCGUUUAAAUACGUGGUGAAAAACAAGCUGCAAAUGUUGAUCAGCUGUACUUAUCUGCAGAAGUUCCUGAAGGAGAACCAGAAGCCGGAGUUUGUCAAAUACCUAUACAGGGAUAGCACUGAAUAAGUCCAACAAAACAAUAACUCAAUUAGUUUUUCAUUUCUUAAUGUGAACAAAAUUCUCAUUUUAUUUUUCUUAAUGACAAAAGAAUUUUCAUAAUUAUUAAACAAAUAUAUAAUAAAAUUUUUAUUGUAAUUCCGCCACCGAUUCGAGUGAUCCGUUAAUUUAUAUUAUAUAACGAGAAAAGAUUGCAAU